AUGGGACUAAAGCCACUUGAAGUUGACAGCGAUGGCAACCCAACCUUUGUGAUUGGUGAUCCCAUGAAGAAGGUUCAAUGGGUAAAAACAAGUCGAAGAAUCCGUUUAAUCCUGGGGAGUGCCGCUUCUUGCUUUGCCGGUAGUUGCAGAAUAGCUCUUAAGGACAGUGUCUGUAAGACACGACUCGAAUUUACCGUUCUCUACAGGUGUUACUGUCAACAGGGUUUGCCUAGCAUUAUAGAGGAGGUGGAAGAUCUGCUAGAUCUUGGAGAAUUUUGGUGCUGCCGCCAACAAUUCUGGGUUGAGGGAACCAUGAAGAAAAAAGGAAAGAAAAUAGAAUUGAGGCUGAGAUUCCAGAUCCUUGCGAUGGCGUGUGAUGUCGAUGGAGUUGGGUGUUCUUCAAGUUCUUCUGCCUCAACUAAGAGAUGGAAGUAUGAUGUGUUUUUGAGCUUUCGAGGGGAAGAUAGUCGGAAAAAUUUUACUGAUCAUUUGUAUGUUGCUUUAAAACGCAAAGGAUUGAGAACUUUUCGGGAUGAGGAAGAACUUGAAAGGGGAGAAUAUAUUAAUCCAGGUUUAGUACAAGCAAUUGAUGAAUCUCGUUCUGCAAUUGUGGUGCUCUCCCCAAAUUAUGCUUCUUCAACUUGGUGUUUGGAUGAGCUUCAAAAGAUCCUGCAGUUAAAGGAAGAGUUGAGUCUUCAAGUAUUUCCAAUAUUUUACCGUGUAGAUCCCUCCGAUGUUAGGAAACAAAAGGGAUGUUUUGCAGAGGCAUUCAUAAAGUAUGAAGAAAGAUUUGUACAAGACAAAAUGAAAGUGCGAAAAUGGAGGGAUGCUUUAGAAAAAGUUGCUACUAUAUCUGGUUGGGACUCACAAAAUUGGCAUGAAACGGAAUUCAUUGAAAGCAUUGCUGAAGAAAUCAUGUCAAAGUUACGUGAUGAUGAAUUGCCAUCUGACCUUGGUAUGUUAAUUGGAAUUCAACCAAAAUUAGAUGAAUUAGAGUCAAUCGUCGCAAGGGAAUUGGGAGGAGUUGGGUUUAUAGGAAUAUGGGGUACAGGAGGCAUAGGCAAAACAACUCUUGCUAGAGCUUUUUAUGAGCGAAAGCUCAAAAACUUUGAGAUUCACUGCUUUCUUCAUAAUAUUAGAGAGGCAUAUGAAAAAGAAGGUUUGAUUUCAUUGCAAAAAAGACUUCUUUUUUCUUUAGAGAAAAGAAGUAUGGAAGUGUGUGAUUGUUAUGAAGGAAUGAAGUUGAUAAAAAACAUGUUGCGCAAUAGAAAAGUUCUACUUGUCCUUGAUGAUGUGAGUGACAUUAGCCAACUUGAAAAUUUGGCUCCAAAGCAAGGAUGGUUCAGCAAAGGGAGUAUAAUAAUAAUAACAACCAGGGACAAGCAUUUGCUAUCCUCGCAUGGUGUAUCUACUAAGUAUGAUGUGAAAUUCUUGAGUGAUAAUGAGUCCCUUGAACUUUUCCUUCAAAAAGCCUUUAAAGGAGAUAAACCUAAUGAAGAUUAUUUGAACCUUGCUAGAACCGUCAUUGAAUAUGCUAGAGGCCUUCCUUUAGCGCUCAAAGUGUUAGGUUCAUUUCUUUGCAAAAGAACUAUAGUGCAAUGGAAGCAUGCACUAGCUAAGUUCAAGAAAGUUCCUCCAAAUGACAUUUUAAAGAUACUUCAAUCUCUCCAAAGCCUCAAGUCCAUUGAUCUUUCUUAUUUAGAGUACCUCAUCAAAACUCCAAAUUUUGAUAGAAUUCCUCAUCUUGAAAAAUUGAUUCUUGAAGGGUGUUCUAACUUGAUUGAAAUUCACCGAUCCCUUGGACAACACAAGAAACUCGUCAUUGUUAACUUGAAAGAUUGCAGAGAAGUUAAAAACCUUCCAAGGAAAUUUGAGAUGAAUUGCUUAGAGACUUUUGUUCUAUCUGGUUGUUCAAGAGUUAUAAAACUUCCUGAGUUUGGAAAAGAUAUGGAACGUCUGUCUAAACUUGAUUUAGAGGGGACUGCUAUAACAAAACUGUCUCAAUCACUGGGCAAUUUGAUUGGUCUUGUGGAGUUAAAUUUGAAGAAUUGUAAAAAGCUGGUUUGUCUUCCAUGUGAUGUUUGUAAAUUGAAAUCUCUAAAAAUGAUCAAAAUUGCUGGCUGCUCAAAGUUUUCAAGCCUAACAAAGAAUUUGAACGAAAAAGAGGCUGUGGAAGUGCUUGAUUUGAGAAAAAUUGCUAUAAAAAGGCUUUCACUUUGUGAAUACAAUGGUCAAGCACAAUCUUCAUCAUCAUGGAGUUGCUUCUCCCUUAUUCAAAGGCCUUUGAGCUGUAGGAAAUAG